AAUUUUUGGUCGAAGUGAGAUCAUGUCAAGUCCUAGCCUUUACACUUAUUUCUGACAAAUAAAUACAAAAUGUGGGGAAAGACAAAUUUCUUUUGUUUUAUUUGAAAGAUUGAUUUUUUAUUUUUUUUUUAAAAAUCUUAGAUAUGAAUUGUGGUACAAGGAAGGUCACAAGAGAGAAGAUGAAAUCAAAUUUUCUUGCCUACCAUCAAUAAUGUUUUUGUCUUUAUUGGGGCAUGAAUCAUGUGUGGAAUAAAUGUCUUCUCUUUUUCUUUAUCCUUAGAUGUACAAUAUGUUUUACCAUUGGACUCGAAAACCAGAACAAUCGUUUCACUUCAGUUAGAACUAUUUCAUGUGCUGAUCAGUAAUGGAAAUCCAUCCAAGAGGUUGGAGAUUGAUGAUCCAAGUAAAUCUUUUAGACCGGAUGACUAUAGAUGAUGAGUAGGUAAAAAUUGAAUUGAGCUGUUCCAAGCCAGGAAUAUUAAUGGUAGCUAGCUAGCUGUUCGAUCAAUGACUCCGGUCAGAUUGUGAGAAGUAUUUUUAUAUAGAUAUUAGAUUGUAUGGAUGGAGUAUUGUCUCGUUUAAAGUCUUCCAACCUCAACCAAUAAAUCCCUGAAACUCCGCCCAAAAAUUAUUAAUAAAUACAUCUUGCGUUCAUGAUUACUCGUUACAAAGACACAUGAUGAGCUACAUCAGCUACGGAAGUUUGAAACGAGACGACGAUAUAUACAUUCAUUUUACAGUACUUAUACAUACACACAUACAUACAUACAUAUAUAUAUAUAUAUAUAUGCAUGCCAUAGCUCACACGGAAUAGAGAUUAAAAAUCUCAUUCCUUCUCUCUCUCUCAAAUUCUCACGACUGAGUUGUCUUGAUCUUAAUUAUAAGUAUAUCGACCCUGUGAUCUAGUUAUAGUAACUGCGCCCGCCGGAGACACAGAAGACAGGCCACGGCCGGCCUAGAAGAUUAACCCCACCCGGCCAGCUGUCCCAGCUCGAACUCUCUUCCGAAGAAGGAGACCGACAUCGUUAUAAUAGUUCUACAAGCUAGCUGCUUUAACAUGUUGUCCUCCACAGAGGUGGCGGAUUCCUAUGUUAUUGGGGACUACAUCGGCGUGGAGAGCUGCCUUGAUCUCAAAGAUCAUGACAACAAGGAGCUGGUAAGCGGCGCAUUAAUGGAGAUCAGUACUAUUGCGCGGGGGGAUGAGUUAAUGGAGAAUAUUGUUCAUGAGUCUCGUGAUGAUUAUGAUGACGAGGGUAAUUACUACAGCAAGUACUGUCGUGGGAAGCGAGAACAGAGGCUUGUGGCAUGGAAGAAAAAAGAGUUUCCACCGCCGAUACCGUCGCUGGCACGCACGGGGAAUCUGCCUUCUCGUAUGCCGUGGGUGCUUAAGCGGCACUACACCAGCGAUGGAAGGUUGGUUCUCACGGAGGAGAAGGUGAGGCACCACGAGUACUUCCGUGCCCACAGGGCUAACGGGCGUCUCACCUUGCAGCUUGUGCCUCUCGACAAUUAUAACGACGCUUGGCUUUCUCGAUCUCCCUCUGCUGAUCAUGACGAGCACGACGAUUAUGGCGCGAAUGAAGAGCCAUUGAUGAUGAGCGAUUCUGAUCAAGAUCAUCAGGAAAAGGAUCACCACGUCCAUCAUGAUAACGAGGAUGAAGAUCAUAUCGUUGAUGGUGGUGAUCACCUCUUACUGAGUGGGGACGAUGACGAGGUUGAGAAGGAAAUAGUGGAAAAGGAUUGGGGAUCAUCAGUGGUUGAAGACUCAGCGUCGAUGAAUGGGAGUUCUGGAAUACUGGGUGUUAAUGGGGCAGGAAAGUGCUUAAACUACAACAAUACGUGUACUUCUGGAUCGUCCUGCAUUUUUGGGGUCCCAGUGAUCGGUGAAAUCAACACAGUUCGUAGCUAGCUAGCUAGCAUCAAUAUAUAAAUUUCUAUUUUUUUUUUCAAUUUUAGUGAAAUGCUAUUUAAUUUUUCCUUGAAAAUCUUGUUAUGUUAAGUUGAUACAUUUUGAGAUGAAUAAUUUAAUAAUUUAAUUUAUAAAGAAUA